UCCCUAAAGUUUUUUUUUUUCACGAUUAUUAUCAUUAAAUUGGGAGAGAUUUUUUCAAAAAGAUGACGUUGGGUUCAAAGAGGAAGACACCACCUGGGGUUCUGCUUCUGAGGAGAAUCAGAGGAAGAAACUGGAGCCCGAAGACGUUUCGCUACGUGAUUCUACUGAUCACUUUCAUCGCGUACGCUUGUUACCACGCCUCUCGAAAACCCAGCAGCAUAGUCAAAAGCGUUUUGCACCCAGAGCCAAGCACUAAGCCACCGCAAGCUCAUAUUAUCAACGAGCGUCCUUGGCCUUUGGGAAACGUGUUCGUGAAGGAAGAAACAGACGCAAACCGUGAGUCUAAAGGAUGGGAACCGUUUAACGGGAAAGGUGGUACGUCUAGGCUAGGAGAGAUCGACGUGGCGUUUCUCGCUUGUUACUCGUUGGGAAUGUAUGUCGCUGGACAUUUGGGUGAUACUUUGGAUCUGAGGUUGUUUCUGACUUGGGGAAUGAUUGGGAGUGGGUUCUUCGUGGGGCUGUUCGGGAUGGGUUAUUUCUGGAAUGUUCAUGCGUUUUGGUUCUUUCUGGUGAUGCAAAUGGCGGCUGGGUUGUUUCAGGCGACUGGCUGGCCCUCUGUUGUGGCUGUUGUCGGAAACUGGUUUGGGAAGAGGAAGAGAGGGCUUAUAAUGGGGAUUUGGAAUGCUCAUACUUCUGUUGGGAACAUUUGUGGUUCCUUGAUAGCUGCUGGUGUUCUUCAGUAUGGUUGGGGGUGGUCUUUUAUAGCUCCUGGUUUCGUCAUGUCUUUAGGAGGAGUUCUUGUUUACUUGUUCUUGGCUGCUUAUCCUGAGGAUGUUGGGUUUCCGGAUAUCAAUUCUAAUUCCGGUAAGUUCAUUAAGAGGAACAGAGACAUUGAAGAAGAAGAAGAAAGUGUAGUAGCAGAUGUUGAAAGAGAAGGUGAGGGUUCAGGGUUUAGGUAUGAGAAUAAAAGAAGUGUUGGUCUUUUGCAAGCUUGUAUGAUUCCUGGUGUUAUACCAUUUGCGUUGUGUCUCUUCUUCUCGAAGCUGGUGGCUUACACCUUCUUGUACUGGUUACCGUUUUAUCUAAGCCAGACUACUAUUGGUGGAGAGUAUAUGUCAGUGAAAACAGCCGGAAACCUCUCCACUCUAUUUGACGUUGGAGGCAUUGUAGGUGGGAUUCUUGCUGGCUACAUUUCAGAUAAAUUCAAAGCAAGAGCUACGACUGCAGCAACUUUCAUGUACGCCGCGAUUCCGGCAAUGCUCGUGUACCAUUCCUAUGGAGGCGUCUCUCAGACAGUCAACAUCGUUCUCAUGAUGGUUGCCGGUUUGUUUGUGAAUGGACCUUAUGCACUCAUCACAACCGCGGUCUCAGCGGAUCUCGGAACGCACAAGUCUUUACAAGGGGAUUCGAGGGCGCUUGCGACUGUGACUGCGAUUAUUGAUGGGACUGGAUCUGCUGGGGCGGCUUUGGGUCCUCUUUUGACAGGGUUUCUUUCGACUUUGGGUUGGGAAGCUGUGUUCUAUAUGUUGGUCGUUGGGGCUCUUUGUGCCGGGUUGCUUUUGACCCGUCUUGUUAUUGCUGAAAUUAGAGAGAAACUUGGAUAUGUUGAUGAAGCUGCUGCAUCUGAACCACUCUUAAACGAUAUAAGAUGAUGGAGAAGAGAAUAGAUGUGUGAGAACAGAAGCCAUUGUUUGCUGUUUUGUUCUGUUAUGUAAUAAGGGUUUGAAGAGGAACUUACAAGUUCAUUGUAUUUUGUGUGUCUGUCUGAUUAUAUUGUGAUAUUUUUUUUUUGUCUAAUAACAAA